ACAGAAAGGGGUGACAGAUUAGAAAACAGAGAGACUGGCGCUGGAAAAGAGGCAGAAAUGAGUUAUGGGAAAGACAAAGUGAGAGAGGUGCAAGACAAAGUGAGAAAGGCGAGAGACCAAGAGAAAAGAGAUAGGAGGGGUAGACAGAAUGAGUGAGUGGGAGAGAAGACAGUAAUAUUAGAGGGGAGGUGAGAGACAGAGUGCUGAGAAGAGGAGGAGAGAGGGCGUACAGGUGAGACAGAGGGGACCUAAUUGCAGCAGAGGACAAUCCUGGGCAAGUAAUAUGAAAGAAAGUGCAGGUGUGAGUCUCACAGAGGGAAGGCAUCUGAAAAACAAAAUUUAGGUGCAAAAGGGGAGGGACACACAGAGAGAGGCAGAGGAACUGCAAACUGAAGGAAAAGCCAGUCAGAAUCAAAAGAAAAGUAUCGAGGGAGAUCAGAAGGCAGAAAGAGAGAAAAAAAAGAUAAGCCAAGAGAGUGAUAGGUAAAGAGAGAAAGCAGAGUGUACAGAGGGCAAAAAAAGAUGAAAAGAGGCAUUGAAAGAGUAAGGGAGAGAUUAUAGAAUGAGAGGGGGGGAAAAUCAACAGAGGGAGUGAGACAGAGCAGUGUUGACAGACAGAAAUUAAUCAAUAGGCAGACAGGAAGAGACACAGGGAGAGGAGAGACAGAGAGGCACUGAAAGAAAGAGAUACUGUUUUUAAAAAGAGAGGGAAAGAAGAGAGAGAGUGAGAGAGGCAGGCAGCUAGAGGAGAGAGAUAUAGAGGGAGAGAAGAGGGGGAGGGAGGGGGCAUCCAUUUUUGUGGCGGGGAUUUGAGCUGCUUUUGUGUAACUCUCCCUGAGAGAUCGCAUGCUUGAUGAAAGGCCCUUAGAAAAUGCAAAUUGCAGCACGCAUGAAAAGCACAAAGAGGCAUCUCGCUGUCCCUGCCAUGGGUUUAAUUCUUCACCAACCACGUAGCACUGACGUCGGGAGCAGAUAAUCUCUUCUGUGGCCGGGAGUAGUGGAACUGGUACAAGCAGCCAGUGAGACAGAAUGAAUGUUUAACCUGCACAGGGAUAAAAGCUAAAACAGGAGAGAGGAUCCCUAUUUUAGAAGCAUUGUCUGUCAGAAGACCUGGUUGGAUGAGGCCAAUUGAGAGCAUUGCUCAUAUUCUUUUGUUACAGGAAACAAAAGUUUUUUGUUUUCGCUGCGUGUAUGGCAGGAGACAAGCUGACCGAUAUCAGCAAAAGACUUGUAUAUCGAUCGGAUGGUCGGCUGGGCAGGAGACCGAGCAAUCACCGCUCCCUUUGGAAGAGAUAAUACCAUAUACCUUAGCAAUGGACUCUAUCCCUCCCCAUCUCUGCCAUUCCUCUCCAAAGAGUUCAACCUCGUCUCCUGUGAGCCCUUUGCCUUUGCCACAAGUGAUGCCUCAGCUAGCAAAUAGACCACCUGCAUCCCCACCACCGCCAUUGUCUCCUGUUCACAUAUCUCCCCCUCCUGCUUCUAAUUCUCCCACUCCCACUGCCUCUUUACCUCACGUGACUUGUCUUUCCCUUUCCACUCACAGUUCAUCUCCUCUUGCCCCCAUAAGCCCUCCUGCUGCAUCUCUUCCUCUUUCACCUUCAACAGUUUCUCCCUCUCCCUCUCCAGUUUCACUUUGCCCAACAACUGACAGUAUGUCUGCUCAAAGAGUAACACUCUGUCCUCCUUCUGUAUCUCCUUCCCCACCUGUAAUCCCUCUCUCUCCACCGCCACCACCUAUAUCACCCUCAGAUGAUUUUACUUCUCCUGAGCCUGCCUCACUCUGUCCCCCUGCAGUUUCUCCUGCUCCUUCUCCUCCUGCAACCUCAGUGUCUCCAUCUAUUCCAACUAUGACUCCCUCCCCACAAAAUCCAGAAUCCUCUCCUAUUUUUUCUCUUCCUCCAGCCUCUCCCUCUCCACCGCCAUCUUCCCUCUCACCCUCCCGGGCAUCCCCAUCUCCUACCUCUCCCCUGCCUUCCCCUUCAGCCCCAGAAUCCCUUCUUGGACUGUCUUUUGCUGAUGAAGAACUGGAUCUUCAGCGUCAUUCCAAUGGCUUUGCAGAUGGAGCAGGCUCAAAGUCACGCCAGUUCCCAUGCAACAUAUGUGGAAAGCAAUUCCGUUUUAUUAGCAUCCUGUCACUUCAUGCAAGCACACACAGGGUACGUGGACCCCUCACUCUGGGUCGUGGAGGCCCCAAGACUCAAUAUGCAGUGAACACCCAGAGGUCUUUGCUACUAGGGCCCCAAUGCCAAAAAGAUACUCCCUACUCUGUUAUCAAAAAUUCUACUCCUGAAGAUGUAGAGCAGAAAGUUCCUUUAUUGACCGUACCUGCUCCUCUCCGCCACCCCUGCCCUUUUUGCAAGGGCAAAUUUCGCAAGGCAGCUGAGCUAGAGCGUCACCUGCGCAUCCUUCAUCGACCUUAUAAGUGUCACCUAUGUGACUUUGCUGCAUCUCAGGAGGGAGAGUUAGUGGGUCAUGUGGAAAAAAAACAUGCUGCCCCCCAGCAGCCUAAACCUCUUCCUCCACCGUUGCCUACCCCUGCUCCCUCUCCAGCACUGCCCCCUGCUGAAUUCAAGUGUGAGAUAUGCUCACAGAGUUUCACUCAGUCUUGGUUCUUAAAGGGUCACAUGCGGAAGCACAAAGAUUCUUUUGACCAUCGAUGCUCUGUCUGUGGACGAUGCUUUAAGGAAUCCUGGUUCCUAAAAAAUCAUAUGAAGGUACACCUGGGCAAGAUAAAGGGAGUUGGGGGGCAGGAUCCGCCUGCUCAUCAGCCUCCUCAAAGUGCUCACACAACCACAUCUUCGCAAUCACCUCCUUCCUCCAGACUUCUUGGGUAUCAAAGCUUUUAUUCUGGCCUUCUCUUGAGACUUCCACCUCCUGGAGAUGCCACGUGUUCCCAGAUGCUACAAGCAACUGCCAGGGCAGUUCAGGGAGGAGAAGGUAAUCAAGAUGGAUCUGGAGCAACUGGACGACUUCAAGCAUUAGGAGUCAUGGAUAAGAAUGGAUGGAGUGUUAAUGCCUCACAGGCUGAGAGAUCUCGAGGAACAUCAGGUAGAGACUGUCCUUUCUGUGCCAAAUCCUUCCGUUCUUCUCACCAUCUGAAAGUACAUCUUCGUGUACACACAGGCGAGCGUCCCUAUAAGUGCCCACACUGCUCUUAUGCUGGAACUCAGUCUGGCUCCCUGAAAUAUCACCUGCAGCGUCAUCACAGGGACUCCAAGCUCUCCUCUGGUGUUCCCCUGAGAUCGAAAAGCAUUCAGUCGGUUGCUUCACAGCAGGACAGACUUCUGCCAGCAGUGUCCACUGCCUGGGGGAGUUCCUGCACUGAUCUUUCUCCCACCUGUGAGGAUGGAGCAUCUGUUCCUCUACGCCUACACGUGUCUGAGGCACAGGGUUCUGGUACAUAUCCCCGCUUAACUGGGAGAGGAGGGCAGAGGAGAAGAAGUCCUUCACAUUCCCCUGCUAAUGGGAGAGCAGACCAUGAGCCUCUGGAUUUGUCCCAAGGAAAUCCUUUCCACCGAUGCAUGUACUGUCCUUUUGUGACUUCAGUGGGAGAGUUGAUGAGUCUCCAUCUCCAAGUUCAUCAUGGGAGGAGAUCUCGUAGGAAGGGAGGUUACAUUAGAGGGAGGCCUAGGCCUGUGCUAUCACCUGAACCUCAAGGUCCUAGUCUGAGUGAUAGCCCAGAACCCUGUGAUAGCACUGAGUGAUAGGAAACACUACAGGGCAGCUGGGAACUGAAAUACCCCAUUACUGCCGACAUUCCAUUUCCCACAAGCAAAGAAAUAGCCAGAAAGCAGAAGAGAAAGUUAGGAAUUGGGUCAGAGUGUUGAGUUCUCCAGAAAUGGAAAGUGAAAGGAAAGGCAGCUACAGAUGAAAAAAGAUUGGAUUGGGCAGCAGGAAGAUAUGAAGGAAAGGUCAGGUUGGAUAAUGAGGUGGUAAAGAAGUUUGAAUCGCUUAGCAUGGUGAGGCAGAAAGUGGGUAAAAGGAAAGAACAGAAAAGAAAGCGAGGGUGUAGGAGUGAUGUAAUUGUCAGUCGUGUCAGAGAAACAAUGAAACAAUUUAUACCAGAAUAUGAGGAAACUGCUAUUCACGGGCCAAAAUGACAGGACAUGAUAAUAAAAGAAAGACAGAAGUAAUGAAUGGGAGGGCUAUGCACAAGACACAAAAGGGGCCUAGAUUUAAGCUGCAGUGGGAAACCUCUAGUCAGAAUCAAAACUCCAAUUCAAAAUGUACACUACAAUAAUAAUGCCUCUGCAAUCUCUUUAGAUGACAGGUACAGUAGGCUGCUUUUUGUGGUCCUGAAUGAACGAGGAGCAUUUACAAAAAGACUGGAAUGGCAGUAUUCUACUUUAAAGCAUAAAUAGUGGUCUAUGUUUUUUCCAUGGUGGUAUUAAAUUGUGCUUAUUAUUGUGCUUAUUGUACCACUUGUGAGGCUCUGAGAAACAAACAAAGGACUAUAGAAUAAAUAUAGCAUAAUGGGCCAGUAAAUGCCAGAUAGAACAAGGGAUCUUUUUUCAUAUGAAAAAUAGGAAUGUUGUUGCAUUACUAGCAAAAUAAGUGCAGACAUACAACAAUAAAACAGAAUACAGUAGAACCCCCAUUUUACGUUUUUCAGGGGACCAGAAAAAAAUGGUGUAAAAUCAGGGAAAUGUAUUAUGCAUAAUAUAUAGGUGGGACCACAAAACAACAAUGUGAAAUGAGGGAAAACCUAAAAUCAGGGGAUGUAAAAUGGAGUUUCUACUGUAAUAAUAUUCUGGUUUAACAAAGUAUGAAGGCACAGCUUAUUGUGAGCUGCUAUGUGAGCAUAAGGGAUAAACAAUUGGAAAUCGAUAUAUGAGGCUAGUAUGACCACAGCGGGAUACCCUUGAAACAGAAUUUUGCUUACUAGAUUUUCCACUGCAUCAUAAAUAUAGGCCAGAGCAAGCAAAGCAGGCGUCAGAUUGCCAGAUCACUAUUCUUCGACAGGCAUUGUUCUGCAAGUACAUAUCUUAUUUGUGAGACAGGCGGAUGAGCUAGGAAUAGGAGAAGAAUGUUAGUGUUAGAAUGAGAGCAACAACUAGGGUAGAGUUAAGAAACAGUACUAAGGUAGACAGUAGCAGCGUUGAUUUACUUUUGCCCUGGGGGCUUUCCCUCUGGUUCAUGGUUGUUGCUAAGACUUUAUUUUUGAUAAUUUGGAUCGAUCUCCAGAACCAACUUCGGAUAGACAAUAAUUUUAAACCUUCACCAUUUGUGCCCAUUCCCCCAUAUUAUUAGGUUUUAAGCUCGAAAGAGCACAUUUUCACAUUUAGAGAUUUCUAUAUUUUUUUUAUUUUCUUGUAGAAAAAAAAAGAGAAAUAAAAAAAAGUUAAAAUAAAAUUUUGUUUGAAAGUAA